AAAAAAGCUUGGAAAUGAUAUUUAAUACCCACUGUUUUCUACUUCUCAACUGGUAUGUUUAGUUAGCACAUCCUCAGUUAUUAAUCAACAAGAUCAAUUAACAGCACUUUAUAGCACUUUAUAGCAAUCAAUAUUUAUCAAUUCAUACAGCUUGUUUAAUUUAUUAAUUUAUUUAACUGAAGAUGUCUGAUACUAUGAAAGGUCUAUUAUACUACGGUAAAAACGAUUUGAGAUACUCUCCUGAAAUUCCUAUUCCAGUCAUCAAUGAUCCUGAUGAAGUGAUGAUAAAAGUUCAUUGGUGUGGAAUUUGCGGUACUGACUUACUAGAGUAUAUCAAAGGUCCUGUUUUUUUCACCAAAAUUGAUGAGAAAACUGGCCAUCCAAUGACCGGUAUCAAAUUACCACAAACUAUGGGCCAUGAAUUAAGUGGUGAAAUCGUCGAACUUGGUCCAAACGUUAAAAAUAUCAGAGACGAUUUAUCUGUCGGUGAUAAUGUGGUCUGUGAACCAACUAUUUAUUGUAAGGAUAAGAAAAGAUUUCCCAAUUCAUUAGUCAAUAAAUCAUCUCCCCAUGGUUCCGAAGAAUGCGAAUCUUGUAACUUGGGUUAUACAAACAUUUGUAAAGAUUCUGCUAUUUUUGGAUUAGGCGCUCAUCCAGGUGGUUUGGCUGAAUAUGUUGUCGUUGGUGCUCAUCAUAUUGUCAAAGUUCCCGAUUGGAUUCCUCUUGAUGUUGCUGCUUUAGUCCAACCAUUGGCUGUUAGUUUCCAUUCAGUUAGAGUCAACACUUUCAAACCCGGCUCGAGCGCUGUUGUUGUUGGUGCAGGCGCUAUUGGUCUAGGUUGUAUAUUGGCUGCUUCAGCAUUUGACGCCUCCUUAAUCGUCUGCUCUGAGCCUGCAAAGGUUAGAAGAGAACAAGCCGCUUUGUUAGGUGCAACGACAUUCAAUCCAUUUGACUACAAAGACAACGACGAAGCUGUUAGAGAAUUAAAAAAAUUAAGUCCCAAUGGUGCUGGUUUCGAUUUAGCCUUUGACUGUUCAGGCUUCCCAAUAACUUUUGAUACUGCUUUAGCUGUGUUAAAACCAAGGGGUGAAUUGGUUAACUUGGCUAUUUGGCCUCAUAAACCAAUCGAUCUUUAUCCAAUGGACUUCACUAAUGGUGAAAAAAAGAUAACUGGUUCAAUGUGUUACACAGUAGAAGAUUUCGCUGGUGUUAUCGAGGCAAUGGACAAAGGUAAAAUGCCACUAGAAAAACUAAGAAAACUAAUUACUAAAAAAGUAGAAAUUCAAAAUGGUGUUGAAGGUGGUUUUAAAGAAUUAUAUCAAAACAAAGACAAACAUAUUAAAAUCUUAAUAUCUCCAUUAAAAAUUAACGAAAAUGGUGACGCUGUCAAAGAAUAAUAUAAAAACGUAAUUAAAUACAAUUCUCAUCUAUAAAAAUUAUCUAUAAAAAUUAUCUAUAGACAUUAUCUAUAAACAUUGCAAUACACUUUUUUUUCUUCAUCAACAGAUAAUAAACAACCAAUUAUUAAGGAAAAU